AUGACAAAACGCCGAAGAAUACUUCAUGCCGAUAAAAUUAUACAAAAUGUUAUUCAAGUGUUUUGUUUGUUGAUGUUUUUGCAGUUGAAAGGUUAUUAUUCUGUAGCUAACAAUCCAAUAUUGUUAUAUUCGACAGCAUCAGACAUACGAGUAGCUAAUUUAUCUAGACUCGGAAAGACUAACAUUGUAGUCAAAGGUUUAGAGCAAGGGUCUGCUGUAGAUUUCAUUUAUAGCAAAAAUUUAAUAUGUUGGUCUGAUCAAACUGCAGAGUUGAUACAAUGUAUGAACUACAACGAUACAUACUCUGGAGAAAAGAUGAGAGUAGUGUCAGAAGGUUUAAUAACACCAACGGGAAUUGCAAUUGAUUGGUAUACUGACAAAAUAUAUUGGACUGAUGGAGAGACCAAUAGGAUUGAAGUAAUAAGUAUAGAACAGAGACACAGAAAAGUGUUGUUUUGGUCUGAGGUAGAUUUGGCUCGAGCUAUUGCUGUUGUGCCUAAAGAGGGGUUAAUGUUUUGGACAGAUUGGGGUGAAGUGCCAAAGAUAGAGAGGGCAGGAAUGAAUGGUGACCCUUUAACUAGAAGAGUCUUAGUUAAAGAUGAUAUCAUUUGGCCCAAUGGCAUUACAAUAGACUACAAUAGUAAUUUGAUUUAUUGGGUAGAUGCAAAACUUCACUUUAUUGAUGUUAUUGAUUUUAAUGGAAAUAAAAGAAAAAGGGUAGUUAAAGGUGGUUUGGAGUAUCCUUAUGCUUUAACUAUACACCAUGAAAAAUUCUAUUGGACAGAUUGGACAAACUGGACUAUUUACUCUUGGGACAUAGCAACUAAUGGUCCUAUCAAAGAAAUAAUAAAAUCUGAUCCUGUACCUGUAGAUAUAAAAGUAUAUGAUAGUACUCGGCAACUUAUGCCUGCUGGUGACUACCCUUGUAAAUAUAAUAAUGGCGGCUGUACACAUUUGUGCCUUUUAGCACCAUCAGACACAGGCUACGUUUGUGCCUGUCCCACUGGCACCACACUAAAGGAAAAUAGCAAUACCACUUGUUAUAACACUCCGCAGUCUCUAUUAGUGAUUGCACAGCGCUCAAUGAUAUCAAAGAUCUCACUGGACUCACCAGAUUUCACUCCAUACACUUUGCCAUUAAAAGAUCUAAAAAGAGCACUCACUGUAGACUUUGAUCCUAAAAGUGAAUAUAUUUACUGGGCAGACAGUUUGGCAAAAACAAUAUCUCGAGCGCGGCUAGACGGCAGUGAACAAUCUGUAGUAAUACACAGUAGUGGUGUACCGGACAGUAUCGCCAUAGAUCCGCUUGCUAGAAAUAUAUACUGGACUGAUCCCGUCGCAGACACCAUCACUGUGGCUAAACUCGAUGGCACCUCUAAAAAGGUUAUAAUCCACGACGAAUUGUAUGACCCUCGAGCAAUCGCCCUCCAUCCAACUGUAGGUUGGAUGUUUUGGUCAGAUUGGAACGAGAAACGGCCAAAAAUAGAACGCGCAAAUCUUGAUGGUACAGACCGACUUGUUCUCAUCUCCGAAAAGAUCGCCUGGCCUAAUGGUAUUGCGCUCGACACCGUGCAUAAUAAACUAUAUUGGGGUGAUGCUAGGACACAUAAAAUAGAGGUUUGCAACAUGGAUGGCACAAACCGAAGAGAAAUUCACAGUACUGACAUCUUACACAUAUUUGGUUUGACAUUACUGGGUCAGAGACUUUACUGGACAGAUAUGCAACGACGAACAUUGGAUAGCAUAGACAAAGAAACUGGUUUAACAAGACAGCCUGUAGUAGAGCAGUUAGCAAACAUGUUAGGUGUAAAAGCUUUCCGUCUAGGCGAAUCUCUGGGCAGAAACCCCUGUGUGGAUGAAAACGGUGGCUGCUCACAUAUUUGCUUUAAUCGACCUAAUGACUACGUCUGCAGCUGCCCACUAGGCUUAGAAUUAAGCAAUGAUAGGAAGACGUGUAUUGAACCAGAAGCAUUCCUGGUGUAUAGUCGUAAGAACGUCAUCGGUCGAAUCAGUAUCGAAAAUGAAAAUAACGAUGCCAUGCAGCCAAUCAAGGACUUGAAGGAAGUCAGUGCCUUGGAAGUACAUGUUUCAGGGUCUAAAAUAUACUGGUCAGACAGCAAAACGAAAACUAUCAAUCGUUGCGCUGUUAAUGGAUCUAAUCAAGAGAAGAUACUUGAAUGGCUGGGUUUAGUGGAAGGUCUAGCCAUAGAUUGGUCUGGUCAAAACAUCUACUGGACGGAUAUGGCGACGCAACGCAUUGAAUUGGCUAGGCUCGACGGAUCCAGUCGUAAAACUCUGAUAUGGCAAGGCCUGAAGAAGCCUAAAAGCAUUGUUUUAGACCCAAAAAAAGGCUACAUGUACUGGUCAGAAAUCGGUUCAAGAACUAUAAAGAGAGCCGCUAUGGAUGGAUCUUCGCCCUCCGUAUUCGUUGAACAAGCAGGUCGCGUGCACGCUCUAGCCAUAGACUACGAUAAGCGGACUCUAUAUUGGGCCGCUCUCGAACCCCCGGCCAUAGAGUAUAUACAUCUCAAUGGGUCUGGACGAAAGUUGCUCAUUGAUAAUAUACUGAUGCCGUAUGCCCUCACCCUCUAUGGUGACAGAGUUUUCUGGGGAGACUGGAACACAGGUUUGAUCGAGGUUGCAAAGAAAACCGACGGCACGGAACGCAAAACGAUCCACACACAACUUGACUAUAUAACCGAUUUGAAAGUAUAUCAUCGCACUCGAGCCGCUGGUAGUAGCCAAUGUGACGUCGACAAUGGCGGUUGCUCUCACCUCUGUCUGCCACUGCCGCUACCUGUAGAAUAUCGCUGCUCCUGCCCUACUCACUUUCGCCUCAACCGUGACAAUCUCACCUGUUCUGAGCCGGAAGAGUUUCUUUUGUUCGCUCAAAAGAACGCCGUUGGUAGAAUACUAGUAGCGAACGGCGAAUGUAAUGACGCUUUCAUACCACUAGUAGGACUUCGGAACGUAAAAGCUAUAGAAUAUGAUCCCGAGAAAAGACUAUUGUAUUGGAUGGAUGAGGAUACUCACUUCAUACGAAGAGUUCCUGUAUCAUAUUCAACUACAUCAGCUGUCACUGACUCCACCAUAGUCGUACCUGGUCUGUCUAGGCCAUUUCAUAUGGUACUCGAUGUUCUAGGACGAGCUUUGUAUUGGACUUGUUUAGACACAGACUCUAUAAAUGCAACUUCUAUAGACAACAACUCAUCUAUUGGUGUGAUUCUCAGAGGAGAAAAUAUGAUGCCAAGGCAUCUAGCUUUGCAUCAAACGAAGAGGAUAUUGGUAUGGAACGACGUGGGUCUCGGGGCAAUAAUGCGUGCCAACGUAGACGGUUCCGAACGUAUGGAGUUGUCGCGUGCGGCUAACGCUUCUGCGCUAGCACUCGAUCAAACCACCGGCGUAGUAUACUGGGCUGUCAACCGGCAGAUACACGCCAUCGAUCUCGACAUACUCAACAAACGUGUGGUGUGGCAAGGCGGAUGGGUGGGCACUCUUUCGGCAUAUAGCGGCGCGCUGUAUCUAAGCGGUGGUGAGCGCUCACUAAUGCGCUUACCGCUGCAUCGCCGCGACGCGCCCGCCACUCUCGUACCACAUGUUACGCGGCUAGCUGCAUCGCUCACCGUGCACACGGUGAGUCGUUCGCAUCCGUGUUACGGCGGUCGAGUAUGCGGCGGUGGACCAGGCGCAUGUCUCGCGGGCGGAUUGUGCGGCUGCGGUGGCGACUGCGAGCGUCCCGCAUGCGCUCCCGGACACUUCCUAUGUCAUCUGUCACGCCGACCCGCCGCGCCACACCACCACUGUAUACCCAUGGACUGGAGAUGCGACGGUCAGAUCGACUGCCCGGACGGGUCGGACGAGGGCGUGGGUUGCGGCGCGUGCGCGGGCGGUGUGCGGUGCACAGACGGAGCGUGCGCGGACUCGCUCGCCUCAUGUCCCGCCGGGGCACUCUGCCCACACGCGCCCCUACCCGCCGCCUUUCGAUGCGAUGAGAAGUUGUGCCUGUCGCAGUCGCUUCUCUGCGAUGGACAUCAACACUGUGAAGAUGGAUCUGAUGAAUUACCCGCGUUUUGUGAACAAAAAGAACCGAGUGUGAGCAGUAGAUCGUGGAGCGCGGCGGCUGUGUGCGGCGUGGUGGCGGGCUGCGGGGCGGCGGGCGUGGGCGUGUGGGCCGCUGUACGAUGCCGCCGCCGGCCCGCGCCGCCCCGCCGGCUGCCGAUACCGCUACAGCUGCCCAGGCACAAACCACGCACGCCGACCACGCGCGCGUGCACAGAGGUAACCGAAAGCCUCUGCGAGCGGUACCCGCAGCCGACAGCUAACCCGCCGCCGUCGCCGGCUACCGCGAGCGGUGGGUCCGAGUCAGCGAUGGCGGCGGCGGCGGCGCGGCGUCGCGCGUACCGUCACUACCGAGCGUGCAACCGGCCGCCGCCGCCCACGCCCGCCUCCACCGACGCCUGCGAGUCGGAGCCCGAGCCCGCCGCCCGAGCGCCCCCGCCCUCACCCGCACCCUACCUCUACUGA